UAAAAUAAGGAAUAUGCUUCCUAUACCCUUGUGUUGCUUGUGAUUGUAAUCAACUUCUCCAACACUCAAGCCAGCCAUUUAUACAUAAGAAGCUCAUCAUCUUGAUGUUACUAUAGCUGCUGGAUUUCAUCAUUUCAGGAAUAAUGAAUCUUGAUAGAAUUAAUACUAUGAUCAUGCUACUCAAAGUAUUCUUUCUUUGUUCUGCAUUUCUUUUCGAAAUUCGUGUUCAAGCUUGGAGCAAAGAAGGUCACAUGAUGACAUGCCGCCUUGCUCAGGAUCUGUUGAAGCCAGAAGCAGCUCAUUCAGUUAAAAUGUUGUUACCUGAUUAUGCUAAUGGUGAUUUAUCAUCUCUUUGUGUAUGGCCAGACCAAGUAAGGCAUUGGUAUAAAUACAGAUGGACUAGCCCACUUCACUUCAUAGAUACCCCAGAUCAAGCUUGCACCUUCAAUUACAAGAGGGAUUGUCAUGAUUCUCAUGGUGUGAAGGACUUGUGUGUUGCUGGAGCCAUAAAGAAUUUCACUUCCCAGCUUUCCCAUUAUAGAGAAGGAACAGCUGAUCGCAGAUAUAAUAUGACUGAGGCUUUGCUGUUCUUGUCACACUUCAUGGGUGAUAUUCAUCAGCCUAUGCAUGUCGGAUUCACAAGUGACGAAGGAGGAAACGCGAUCAAUUUAAGAUGGUUUAGGCACAAAUCAAACUUACACCAUGUUUGGGAUAGAGAAAUCAUUCUUACAGCUGCAGCAGAUUAUUACGAUAAAGAUGUUGAUCAACUUCAAGAAGAUAUCGAAAGAAACUUCACCCACGGAAUCUGGCAUGAUGAUUUAACUUCCUGGAAGGAUUGCAAUGACAUUUCUACAUGUGUCAAUAAAUGGGCUACUGAGAGUAUAAAUAUAGCAUGUAAAUGGGGAUACAAAGAUGUUAAAUCUGGUGAAACUCUCACUGAUGAUUACUUCAAUUCAAGAAUGCCAUUUGUUAUGAAGAGGAUUGCACAAGGUGGGGUUCGAUUGGCGAUGAUACUGAACCGGGUUUUCAGUCAUUCCGAUGAAGGAGAUAUCGCAACUGCUACUUGAUUAAUUUAGACUAUUACAGAAAGGAAUAAUAUAUAGUAUUAGUUGUUAAACAGAACCAUCCUUAAACUAUGUUUUAACUUUUGAUUAUUCAUGUAAUUCAUCUUUUAACAGUCAUCAUUGUAAACUUAACAUUCUUGAUAAAUCAAAUAUGGAAUAAUGCAUUGAAAUA